GUUUUGAAUACCCGAUUGAAUGGUGGGGGGACACCAGGUUGGGAAAAAAAAGCUGUUGUGGGCCAAUUAUUCUUUUCGUUUCCACUAAUAAAAAAAAGUCGCGAUUUUUUUUUUGUAAUGGCAUCUGCAACCAAAGAACAACAAGUAACCAAGCUUUUCACAGACUUGAAAAACGCUGUUCAAGAUUAUGACGAUGAACGUAGCUUAGAAAUUUGUGAUGAGUUAAUCAAAUUAAACCCUGAUGACCUCGUUACGCUUCAAUGUAAAAUCGUUUCCUUGAUUCGUCUCGAAAAGUACAAGGAAGCACUUUCCAUUAUUGCUCGUCAAUUCAGAAAUAGUGAUGUAGACUUGUCUUAUGAAAAGAUUUAUUGUUACUAUCGCACAAACCAGUUGGUCCCUGCUAUGGAGCUUUUAGAGGAACUCAAGUCCAAGAGUGAAGCCCAAAAUCCUUCAUUGUUGUAUCUUGAAGCUCAGUUGUUGUAUUCUCAAGGUCAAUUUGAAAAGACCAUUCAAGUUUACGAAACUCUCUUAAAGUCAUCUGACAAGAACGAUAGUCUUUAUGAUGAAAUUCAAGUUAAUUUAUUAGCCGCCAAAGCCGGCUUAUUAUUCUCUUCUAGCAAGGCUGAGGAGAAGGACAAGGCUGAUUUGAAGGAAAGUGCUGAUCUUUACGAAGUUGCAUAUAACGCUGCCUCUGUCUAUUUGGCUCGUGGCGACCUCAAGAAGGCUCAACAACAACUCGAAUUAGCUAAAAAGCAAUGCAAUGAGAGAGCUAAUGGAAUGAGCAAAGAGGAACAUGAGGAGGAAUUAGCUGUUAUUUCAACCCAACUUGGUUACACCUAUCAAUUACAAGGACGCUCCGCCGAUGCAAUCAAGAUUUAUAAAUCUCUUUUGAGUUCAGAAGAUAUCGCAGUGGCAGCUGUUGUAUCCAAUAACAUGGUCGCUAUUGAACAAACAAAGGAUUUGGAAGAUGUUUCCAAGAAAUUGAAGGUUGCAACUAGCAAAGAGGCUGAAGCAAGACUUAAAAACUAUCAAAAGCGCGUUAUUGCUAUGAAUGAAAGUUUAUUACAACUCUACACCAACAAAUACUCUGCUUGCAGAGAUCAAGCACAAAAAUUGACUGAAAAAUAUCCUGACAAUGAUAACCUUUAUCUUAUUUUGGCAAGCGCCACCUAUCAUCAACAUAAAGCCGCAAAAGCUGUUGACGAACUUAAAAAGUAUUCCGAAAAGAAACCUUCUUCUCUUGCUAUUCGUUUCGCCACUAUCCAAUUACAAUUGCUCGAAUCUCAACCUGCCGCUGCCCUGUCAACAUUAGAAAGCUAUUUGGAGUCUGUCAAGGAUGAUAAGAAGGCUUAUUAUAAGCCUGCUGUCGUUGCUUUAUUGGUUUGGUUAUAUGAACAAACCGGUCAAUCCGAAAAAGCCAUGGAAACAUUGGACGAAGCUUCCAAGGUCUGGAAGAGCGAUAGCUCAUUCAAAUCCGACACUGUUGCACCCACUUCUACCAUCAAACAAACUGCUGCUUUCAAGUUAAAGACAGGCCGUUUCCAAGACGCUGUUGCCGACUAUGAACAACUUGUGAAAGCCGAUCCUUCUGAUGCUCAAUCUAUUGCCGGUUUAAUCGCUGCUUAUGCCGAAGUAGAUCCCAAAAAGGCCGAGCAAUAUGGUAAUGCUUUACCUUCUAUUGCUUUAAAUAACUUGGAUGUCGAUACACUCGAAAAGAUUGUUCCUGGUGUCAAGCGUGGAUAUGUUAAAAAAGAUCCUAAUGGUGUGCAUGUCAAGAAACCAAAGAACAAGAAGAAGAGAGCCACUUUAUUGCCCAAGAAAUUCGAUCCUAAUGUUAAGCCCGAUCCUGAGCGUUGGGUACCCAAACAAGAAAGAUCCACUUUCCGUAUGAAGGGUAAAAAUAAGAAGGCCUUAAAUAAGGGUCCUCAGGGUGUUUCUAUGGAAGGAGGUGGAAUUGGUGGCACGGGUAGUGCCAAUAUUGGCGGCAAAAAGGCUGCCACUCCUGCAGCAGCAGCUGUAGUUGAAGCUGUUCCCGAGCCAGUUAAAUCAAAACCUGUUGCUACACCUAGUUCAAAGAGCGGUGGCAACAAGAAGAAGAAGGGAAAGGGAAGAAAAUAAAGUGCUUUUAAUAAUAAAUAAAUAAAAAUAAUCGAAAACUGCUUUCCACGU